AUGGCAUUAAUUACACAAUUCGACGAUUUACCGGAUCUAUUCUUUAUUGAUCUGUUUAAUUAUUUAUCUUCAAUUGAUAUACUUUGGGCAUUUACCAAUUUAAAUAAUCGUAUUCAAACAAUAAUCAAUGAACGAGGUUUCUUUCGUCACAUCAAUUUAUCAUCAGCAUGUCUGUCAAAAUUCGAUACACUUCUUACUAUACUUCCAUUGAAUCAAAUUCAAAUAUUCAUCAUUGACAUAGAAGCAUCGCCCCUUCAACUUUCUCGCUGGCCUUAUUUGCCUCAUUUGAUUACAUUACGAUUAUAUGGUUUACGUGACUUUAUAGAUGCUACCAAUUUUAUCCUUCGGCAUUCAACUUCACUCAUACAUCUUACAUUGGAAACAAACGAUUUAUUUAUGUCGACGGGCUUUACGGGUUAUAUUUUGCACCCUAGAGGACGUCUUCCAACACUUGUGAAAAAUGUUUUGCCACAUUUGAGUGCACUUCAGUCGCUCGAUUUGGGUCAAGAUGUUGGAUUCGACCUCACGAAUUGCAUUGAAUGGUCAACUAUUGAAUCACUUACAGCUUCAAAUGUAAUGCCCGUACUUCGACGAAUGAAUUUGGCUAUUUUCAUUACUGUCGAUCAUUUAAAUUGUAUCAAUAGAUCGUCACUUUUCAUUGAUGAUCGUCAAAUCGAUGUUCAAUUCGCUUUUAUUAUAGAUGAUACUUCUCUAGGUAUUCAACUAAGUCAUCAUAUACCACAUGGCAGUCGUUUUCAUCCACGGGAAAUAGUUGGUGUAACCUGUGUUCUAAGUUGUUUAUCCCGAGAGUACCAAGAAUUGACAAAUAUCAAUUGCUAUUUCAAUAAUUAUUCAUGGGCUUACGAUGUUUGGUACACUUUGCCAUGGGCAUUUGAGCAAUUCUUCGACUCGAUUGAACCGAUUCAAUAUAUAACUAAAGUAGAAGUAUUUGCUCUACCUUCAUCGUACUCAUCCAUUAUUAGUUCAUCUCGAUUUCGUACACUUAGUAUAUCACAAAAUGACUCAUUACCAUCGAUUAUUUCAAUGCCUCAUGUUGUACAAUUAAAUCAUGUUAACACAGUUCAUUUAUCAUUUCAUGAUUGGCCAACUGGUUUAAAUCUUCUUGCUCUUCGUCAUGUUACAUUAAUAAAUAAUCUCAUUGCAUUGAAAAACUUCUCUUCAUUUCCACUUAAUAUUCGUUCUAUUCAAAUUCUACUUCAUGCUAAUAAGCCGAACUUCGACUCAAGCAAUUGGUCUAUAUUACGCUCACUUUCAGCCUUACCGAUGCUCACCUCAUUACAUAUCGUUAUGAAUGACAUGAAUACAGGUCUUGAUGAUAUUAGUUGUCAGAUUAUUGCAGAAACAGUACCAAUAUUCGUUCAUUUUGGUAUUUGUUUUCGAAGAAAAAGUGGAAUACCAAAGCCUGAUUCUAUUGACCAUUGUAUUGAGUUUGAUCCUGCUCUCAUCAAUCUUACUAAUGAUCCUACUGUUCCUAUUAUUGACGAUGAAGAUGAUGACGACGAUGAAGAUUAUGACGAUGAUGAAGAUGAUAAAGAUUUGACAUUCUUGGAAUCGAUAUUUGAUAUUUACCGGGCAUCUAUCAAAGAACUACAUAGUCGUAUUUUAUGUUUAUCAUCUCAUAUGAAACCUCUAAUUGUUGUUGAAGAAGAAGAAGUAGAUCGAGAUGUAGAGCAUGGUCUUCAAGAAGAGAAAACAGUUGGUAUUGAUCGUAAACCAACAUCAAUUGCUGAUACAAAUCCAUAUUCAACUAAAAAUGAUAGUGAAACAAUUGAAAUAAGUGAUAUGAGUGAAAGUGAAACUGAAGGUGAAUCAUCUGAAAUGAAUAAUAUAAAUAGCGGUUGA